CACCCGCCCCGGCCCCGCGCGUUGCUAACGGCCGCCGGCUGCUUCGAGGGUGGCGGACGAGGCCCCUGCGCCAAGCGCGGGCGUUCGGGCUUGUAGAGAUCGGGCGGGCCGUUGUAAAUAAAUGACUUGUGGCUUUUGCAAUCCACUCUUAUCCACCCCAUGUCUGCUCGUUUUGACUGUCACGGAAAUGAGUUCGCUGAAGUUAGGAGAGGGGAUCGUUUGGAGCCUGAUGCUGUUUUGUUUUGAAGGACUAUUCUGAACCUGAAGCUUCCAGGCAGCAGGGCCUACCGGGCCCCAGACACCGGAGACCUUGUUAGGUGCCCAGCCGAGCCAGGACCUCCCCCAAAUCUGGCUCCUCCUCCUCCGUGUUUCAGGAACUAAAACUUGAGGUUGUGACUGCUGGAGGGAGCGCGGUGCUCAAGGCCUUCCCAGCGCCAGCCUGGUUGGAAGGGAGCCAAGAUAGAGCGUCUGCUCCAUGACCUCCCCACAGUACAGCUCUUGAGAUGAGCAGUUAGAAAAAGGGCAGGAGGACUUCUCAGUAGAGGGCCACGCUGCUCAGGAGGUUCUGCGGGGAGUGCCUCCAGCCAUGUCUGCAGGUGCCAUCCCCUCUGUGCCCGCUCUGCCGUCUGCCCUUCGACCCCAAGAAAGUGGACAAGGCCUCUCAUGUAGAGAAGCAGCUCUCAUCUUACAAGGCACCCUGCCGGGGUUGCAACAAGAAGGUGACUCUGGCAAAGAUGAGAGUGCACAUUUCCUCCUGCAUGAAGGUCCAGGAGCAGAUGGCCAACUGCCCCAAGUUCGUCCCUGUGCUGCCCACAUCCCAGCCCAUCCCCAGCAAUAUCCCCAACCGGUCUACCUUUGCUUGUCCCUACUGUGGAGCCCGCAAUCUGGAUCAGCAGGAGCUGGUGAAGCACUGUGUGGAGAGCCAUCGCAGUGACCCCAACCGUGUGGUGUGUCCCAUCUGCUCGGCAAUGCCCUGGGGGGACCCCAGCUACAAAAGCGCCAACUUCCUGCAGCACCUGCUGCACCGGCACAAGUUCUCCUACGACACCUUCGUGGAUUACAGCAUUGACGAAGAAGCCGCCUUCCAGGCUGCCCUGGCUCUGUCCCUCUCUGAGAAUUGAGGCACACACAGCCUGGCCACCUGCCUCAAGUCAGGGGCCGAAGACACAAUCCUGCAUCAAGGGAUAGGGCGGUUGCCCUCCUGCCCUGGCACCUGCACAGGAGUGCGCCACUGGGCUAAGUGGAAUUUCACACAAGGAGAGUUGGUCUCAGAGCCCCCAGGGCGGGGGUGCUGGCUAGCUGGCCUCUUGCUAUCAAACAGGGCCACUGGGUCCCGGCCAGCAGCACUGGGUCAUCGGUGCUUCAAGAGGCAGGUGCUGGCCAUUGGGUUAGAGCAGUUGGCUGCCUUUCCCAGCCGUGAUAUCCUCGUGUGGAGAAGGAUGAGGUGCCCUAAGCUGUGCCCCAGCAGGACCAGGGGAGGAGGCGCCUAGCCAGGUUGCCAGCCCACCCGGUCCCCAGCUUCGCUUCCACCGUAAGCAUUUGGUACUGGCUUUUGUGAUAUUUAGGAACCCUGCGUUUUUCUAUCUUAUCCUGUGUGAUAAUCUUUUCACGUUUUAUAGAGCAAAGACAAAGCAGUUCCUCUUCAUACCGCAAUACCUGUGUUUGACUAGGAAGAACAGUAUUUUUAUGGAGCAUUUACAAAGCUAUAUUUUUUAAAAAAAAAUAGUCAAAAAUAAACACUGUGUGGGAUCAGUGCAAAGUGGGAAGGAGAGUGGGCAUAGCCAGGGCUUCAUCUGUGUGUGAGCCAGAGGUGGUGUCCCCAAGCCACUUGCUCUUUGAGGAAGAGGCUCUUGUUUGUUUGCAGUUUUCUUUAUGAUAAUGACCCAGACAAAAUCCUAACACCCCUGGCCACUUGCUAUGGCUGCUCCAGCAGUUGGAGGACAGUCGAGGCAGAAGGGGGUCCUUCUCCUACCCCAGGAAUUGUCUAUGGCUCCCUGUCACCUUCCAGAGCCAACCACAUCCCUCCUCAGGCAGGGACUGCCCUUAGCAGUGGUCGGGCCCUCAGAGGCCAGAGAGGCCUGCUCAGUGGUGUCGGCAUCUUAUUCUGUUCAUGGCACAAAUCCCGCCUUUUCAGAGGAGUUUAAAUAAAUUGUUUGCAAGCAUC